AUGCGAUUCGUGGUUAGCUCGACGACGCCUACGAACGUCUACGCACUAGAGAAGUGCGGUGACAACACGCUAGGCACCAUUCUACGAUUAGAAGCGACGCUUAUCAUGCUAGAUCUCACCUCUUAUUCUCUCGACGUCGCCUUCUCGUGCGCUUACACGGGCGGGAAGCGGGAAGGCGGGAUAUCGAUGGGACCCACAGCUGUAUCCGCGCCCGCGGGCUUCGAAUCUUUCCUUUCUUAA